AGGGUAGAAAUAGCGGCGGGCGGGCCGCGCCAGUCCCGGAGCCGCGCGGAGCCGACCGAGCCACGCCGAGGGCGCCAAGCGAGGCGGCCGAGCCCGAGCACCCAUGCUGCUGCCGCUGGCCUGGGGCUCGCUCUUCUUCCCGGGGCUCUUCGGGCUCUGCACCUGGGGGCUGCGGCGCGCGCGGCCCGCCUGGACCCACAGUGACUGCGUGAUGAUCAGCACCAGGCUGGUUUCUUCAGUGCAGGCUGUGUUGGCCACCGGGUCCGGGAUCAUCAUCAUCCGUUCCUGUAGAAACGUGGUCUCCGACAGGCACUGGCUUGCUCGAGAAUAUGUCUGGUUUUUGAUUCCAUACAUGAUCUAUGACGCCUACGCCAUGUACCUCUGUGAAUGGUACCGAACCGGGGACCAAAACAGCAGACAUUCCCUCACCAUUUUCCGAAACUUCCUAAGUAAAAACCGCCUCAUGAUCACACACCACGCAGUCAUUCUCUUUGUCCUUGUGCCGGUCGCACAGAGGCUUAGGGGAGAGCUUGGGGACUUCUUUGUUGGCUGCAUCUUCACGGCAGAACUGAGCACUCCAUUUGUGUCGCUGGGCAGAGUUCUGAUUCAGCUAAAGCAGCAGCACACCCUGCUGUACAAGGUGAACGGAAUCCUCACGCUGACCACCUUUUUCUCCUGUCGGAUCCUUCUCUUCCCCUUCAUGUACUGGUCCUAUGGCCGACAGCAGGGACUGAGCCUGCUCCAGGUGCUGUUCAGUAUCCCUUACCACUGCAACGUGGCCAAUGCCAUCCUCAUCGCUCCCCAGAUCUACUGGUUCUCUCUGCUGUGCAAGAAGGCAGCCCGGCUCUUUGAUGCUCCCCCGACCAAAAAGGAUGGUUAAGUGCUCCCGGGAGUCAAGCAGUAAGGGUGCCUCCCCACACUAGCUGCCUCCUCCACUCCAGUAUUCUGUGGACCAAACUGUGCCCUGGGUGGCCUCAGCCUUUUGGGUACUGAUAAGCAGAUGGCUUUGAGUUUUUCUAAAGAGUAUUCAGAUUACCUCCCUCUUCUAACCUGCCCCUUUGGCAAAAGCACUUUUCUUGUAAUAAUGACUAUUGGAUCCUGUCAGACCUCUGUCAGCAGCACGGCGGUUUGAACGCAAGCCCAAAGUGAUAAGUAGUGGGGCACCUGCCUGGCCCUGAUGGAGGUGGGCUCCCCACCUGUCCAACCACUAAGGGCAGUAUCCACACUUCCUGGGUCAGCAGAAGCAAGUGAUGACUCGGUUCUCAAAAUAAUUUCUUGUGACACUGGCCUUGGAAAAUUGUUGUGGGUCGGCAGUUCUUCACUGUUUGCUAGAUAACCCACUGGUCCUUUGCCUCAUCCUUUCAUCCGUGUGCCAGCGUUGAAUUCUCCUAUCUACCGACUUCCAAUCAGAAAUCUCAGGCAGGAGGCAGGUAUGGGAGCCUGAAGCACUUGAGUAGGUAGGAAGGCCAACAGGUCAGCCCCUCUGCAGGCUGACUUGGCAAGACCAAUGUCCAACUUGUGAGCCUGUUGCCAACAGUCACAGAUGUUACUCCCUUUUUACCAUGGCCCCCAAGCCCAACUUUCCGCACAUCCACACACACGGAACGUGCUUGUUAAAAACUAUAGGGGUAAAGUGAAAUGAUGGCUACCGCGCUAUUCACUGGGUAACCCCACCCUCUGACACUGUCCUUUUCAUAUGAAGUGGAAAUGGACUUCUGUAUUCUCAAUCACAAGACGUCUCACCUAGAUUGCUUCCUGAUAAGCCAGAGCUUGUGGUCCAAAGCCUGUACCUAUGUGAGUUACCACCAUUUAGCCACAGAAGGCUGGAGACUAAGAAUACAGGACAGCCCUGGCCGAAGUACGUGGACUGACUCCUCCACCUGCUGUUUGCAAAAAGGAUCCUCUGGUGCCAACACUAACUGUCCCUUAUCAACAGGGAUGGAUUUUAGAAACUGCUACCAUGAAGUUUUUUCCCAAGUGGUAGUGAAAAACUAGAUUUUUUAAAGUGCCUUUUAAUUCAGUGUUGUCCGUGAACUUUUGAAGUACUGAGCGUGUAACAGUGUCUCAAAUUUUGACUAUUUCAGUCUUUAAUGGGUGCCAUUUAAAAAAAGUAAAAUGCUGGUUUUUUGUUUUUUUUUUUUACUGUUUUGUUUACUGUCGGUGUAUCUAUAAAUCACCCCUGUGGUGAUUAAAUUGCACUAAUAUUUUCCAACUUAUUCUCGUUUGUGAAAUACAUCCAUGCCUAAGACCCAUCCUGGAACUGA